AUGUGGAUUGCAUUUUCAAUAAGUGCAUACUACAUAAUCCAAUGGUGCAUCAGUAAGAUAAAGAUAUGCAACGUCCAGGACAAAUAUGUAUUGAUAACGGGUUGUGAUAGUGGGUUUGGUAAGGCAACUGCUAUACGAUUACAUUCAGUUGGGUUCAAUGUAAUCGCUGCCUGCUUGACCAAGGAAGGAGCGGAUUAUUUGACAAAGACCUGCUCUACAAAGUUGCGAACGAUACUCCUGAACGUGACAUCGGAAGACGAUAUAAAGAAAGCAGUCAAAACAGUAAAAGAGAUAAUUCCAUUAAAUAAAGGAUUGUGGGCAUUGGUUAAUAAUGCCGGUGUAAGCGGACUGGUGGGCCUUUUUGAAACGACAACAAGGAAAGAUUUUCUGGACUGCUACAAAGUGAAUCUCUUUGGUUUGAUAGACGUAACCAGAUCAUUUUUACCACUACUCCGGAAGGGACAAGGUCGCGUAGUAAAUCUCAGUAGUAUCACUGGUCGAUUUUCACAAAUCCCUAUAAUUUAUUCAACCGGUAAAUACGCUUUGGAAGGAUUUUCAGAUUGUUUACGAAGAGAAGUAUAUUCCCAUGGUGUUUCUGUAUAUAUAAUAGAACCCGGUUUUUAUAAUACUGGUAUACUUACGAUAGAAAGAAGUUUGGGUGGGCUAAAGAAUGCAUUUUACAAAUCGAGAUCAGAAAUACAAGAAUAUUAUGGUCAAAAAUUCCUUAAAAAGUUAUGUGAUUAUAUGUCAUGGGAAUUGAACAGAGCUACAUCUGAUAUCGAACCAGUCAUCAGAGAUAUACAACGUGCUGUUAGCGCCAAAUAUCCCCAGUAUCGUUAUCUAUCAGGCUUGGAUGCUCAAUUCAAAUUCAGAUUUAUGUGGACUAUUCCAACGUGGCUUAGCGAUUUUCUUUACAAUGUUAUUUUUCCGAGUCCAGAUAAAGCAACUUGGAAAAUACGAUGA